UCUCCAUCAAUGGCUGCAGUGAAGGGUUUGUACGUAUCGAUAGAGGAAUUCUUGAAGCAUUGUUCACAGUCGGGUGACUCCGCCUACAGUGCAUUCAGAUCACUUCUGGAGCGCCUCGAGGAUCCGAAGACCCGAACCGAGGCUCGGAUCUUCUUCGCACAUCUCAAGAAAAAGAUCGAAAAUGAUGGAGCAUCCGACCAUUGUCUCGAUACUUACCAUUUCCUAAUACAAGACGUAUAUCUCGGACAAAGUGAAGGUUACGAGAACAGAAACAAAUUAACAGCGAUGGUGAUCCCCAGCAUCUUUUUGCCUGAGGACUGGUCCUUUACAUUCUAUGAGGGGCUGAAUAGACAUCCUGACACUAUCUUCAAAGACAAAAUAGUUGCUGAGCUUGGUUGUGGAAAUGGUUGGAUAUCCAUAGCCAUUGCUGAGAGAUGGUCACCAUUGAAGGUUUAUGGUCUUGAUAUAAACCCCAGAGCAGUGAAGAUUUCCUGGAUAAACUUGUAUUUAAAUGCUUUCGAUGAUAAUGGACAACCUGUUUAUGACCAGGAGAAGAAAACUUUGCUUGACAGGGUGGAGUUUUAUGAAUCUGAUCUACUAUCUUACUGCAGAGAUAAUCACAUAGAGCUUGAACGGAUUGUCGGAUGUAUACCACAGAUUCUUAAUCCUAAUCCUGACGCAAUGUCCAAGCUCAUCACAGAAAAUGCUAGUGAAGACUUUUUGUAUUCAUUAAGUAACUACUGUGCACUUCAGGGUUUUGUUGAGGAUCAGUUUGGGUUAGGUCUCAUUGCGAGGGCAGUUGAAGAAGGAAUUGAUGUCAUCAAGCCUAUGGGAAUCAUGAUUUUCAAUAUGGGAGGUCGUCCAGGGCAAGCUGUUUGUAAACGGUUAUUUCAACGCCGUGGUCUUCUUGUCACAAAGCUCUGGCAAACUAAAAUUCUUCAGGCUGCUGACACAGACAUUUCAGCUUUAGUUGAAAUUGAAAAGAAUAAUCCACAUCGUUUUGAGUUCUUCAUGGGACUUGUUGGUGAUCAGCCAAUCUGUGCUAGGACAGCAUGGGCUUUUGGAAAGGCUGGUGGACGUAUUUCUCAUGCUUUAUCGGUUUACAGCUGUCAGCUUCGACAACCGAAUCAGGUUAAAAAAAUCUUCGAGUUCCUCAAAAAUGGUUUUCACGAUAUCAGCAAUUCCUUAGAUUUAUCGUUUGAAGACGAUUCUGUUGCCGAUGAGAAGAUUCCUUUUCUAGCAUAUCUUGCUAGUGUUUUGAAAGACAAUUCGCACUUCCAGUAUGAGCCUCCAUCUGGAAGUAAAAGGUUCCGUAACCUUAUUGCAGGCUUCAUGAAAACAUACCACCAUGUACCAAUUACUGCUGGUAAUGUCGUCGUUUUUCCAUCAAGGGCUACAGCAAUUGAGAAUGCACUGCAAUUGUUCGCUCCACGUCUUGCCAUUGUUGACGAUCAUCUAAGCCGACACCUACCCAAGGAAUGGUUAACAUCCCUUGAAAUGGAGCAGAACAUCAAUAAUAAGUCGUCAACAAAUGGAAUCACCGUAAUAGAAGCACCCCGCCAGUCAGAUCUGAUGAUAGAGCUGAUAAAAAAAUUAAGGCCACAAGUGGUAGUUACUGGGAUGGCUCAGUUUGAGGCUGUUACUAGUUCUGCUUUUGAGCACAUCUUAAGUACUACAAGGGAAAUUGGAUCUCGUCUCUUUAUAGAUAUAUCACACCAAUUUGAGCUUUCCAGCCUCCCCAAUUCGAAUGGGGUCCUGAAAUAUCUUGCUAGAACUCCACUGCCUUCGCAUGUAGCAGUUAUCUGUGGGUUAUUGAAAAAUCAGGUUUAUACAGAUCUUGAAGUAGCGUUUGUGAUAUCAGAAGAGCAAAUCAUUUGUGAUGCAUUGUCUAAGAGUGUGGAGCUAUUACAAGGAAAUACUGCCCUGAUUAGCCAAUAUUAUUAUGGUUGCAUUUUCCAUGAGCUUCUGUCCUUUCAGCUUCCUGAUCGACAUCAACCUGCAGAGAGAGAAGCUGAGAAUGCAAAAUGCAGUGAGAUGAUAGGAUUUUCAAGCUCAGCCAUCUCAGUUCUUAGCAAUGCAGAGUUCUCUCUGAGAGAAACAGACAACUCUUCCCUUAUUCACAUGGAUGUGGAUCAAAUCUUUUUGCCUACACCAACUGCAGUUAAGGCUGCCAUCUUUGAAAGUUUUGCAAGACAGAACGUGACAGAGUCUGAAUGUGAUGUGACACCCAGCCUCAAAAAAUUUAUCAAGACCGCAUAUGGCUUGUCAACUGAUAACAACACAGAAUUUAUAUAUGCAGACUCUCCGCUUUCUAUUUUCAGCAAAUUGGUCCUUUGCUGCAUCCAAGGAGGAGGAAGUCUCUGCUUUCCAGCUGCUUCAAAUGGGAAUUAUGUCUCAACUGCCAAAUUUCUAAAUGCAAAAAUUGUGCAAAUCCAUACCAUAUCCGAUGAAGGUUUCAAGCUGACAGAAAAACAUCUUAGUAGUGUAUUGGAGACUGUUAGUAAACCAUGGGUCUAUAUUUCUGGUCCAACAAUAAGCCCUACAGGUUUGAUUUACAGCAAUGAAGAGAUGGAAAGUAUCCUGAAUGUUUGUGCUAAAUAUGGAGCAAAGGUCAUCAUUGAUACUUCAUUCUCCGGGGUGGAGUUUAACUCAAAGGGAUGGAACGGCUGGAAUUUGGAGGGAAGUUUAGCAAAAUUAACUUCUGGAAAGUCAACUUUCUCUGUGUGUCUGCUUGGAGGGUUGUUCUUCAAGAUGCUUACAGGAGGGCUGACAUUUGGGUUUCUUGUUCUAAACCAGCGAUUCUUGGUUGAUGCAUUUAACAUCUUCUCAGGGCUAAACAAACCUCAUAGUACUAUCAGAUAUACUGCAAAGAAGUUGCUGGAUCUUAGAGAGCAGAAACCAGGUGAACUAUUGGCCACUACUGAAGAACAGGGGAAACUGCUCGGUGGUAGACAUAAACAGUUGAAAGCGACUCUUGAGCGUUGUGGGUGGGAAGUACUUGAAGCUCAUGCAGGUGUUUCUGUAAUUGCAAAACCAUCUACUUAUAUGGGAAAGAGAUUUGAGCUGAAAAAAGAUGGUUCUACUUGGAAAGCCAAUCUCAAUGACUCGAACAUCAGAGAAGCAAUGUUUAGAGCCACAGGUCUUUGCAUCAACGGAGCUUCUUGGAUUGGAAUUCCAGGCUAUUGUCGUUUUACUUUAGCGCUGGAAGAUACUGAUUUUGAUCGUGCUUUAGAAUGCAUUGCCAAAUUCAAGAAACUUGUCGAGUAACUGAAAUGCUUUAGGUGAAGAGUGGUCAUCACUGGCUUGUCCACAAGUUGUUCGUGUCGAUUGAGGUAUGUGCUUUUGACCAAACCUCUGUAAACUUAGGUGGUUCAUCUGAAUCUUUGAUUUAGUAAUUGGGUUGUAUUGUAAAACAAGCCAAACAAAAUUGGUGGGGCCUAUCAGAAGUUUGGAACUUAGGGGCGUUUACCUAAUGUUUACAGGGUAAGAUUCUUGGUUCUUCCUAUGCUCUCAGGUAAUUGACCCAGUAAGCGCUUACUCGGUAAAUGUUUGGUAAACGGCCCCUUUAGCCUCUAUAAUGCUUAAUGUUGUAUGAUGCGAGUCUCAUUGCUAACAUGUGUGCCUUCUCAAGAGCAAGAUAGAAAAGCAUGUUCAUUUGGGGUUGAAAA